AUGAGCGCGUGCGCGGCGGCCGCCAUGCGCGAAAAGCACGCGGCGCCGCGCCGCCUCGCGUCCCCACCGGCAUCCCCGCUCGACCGCCACCCCAGCCCACUGAGCAGCCCCCGCGCCGACGAGCCCCUUGACCUGCGCGUCAUGCACAAACGCCCACCUCGUCUCGAAGACGAGAACUGCAACCUGAUUACACCCUCGCCGCCGCCACACCCUACUCACCCUACGCACCCAGCUCAUCCUGCGCACCCAGCGCUACUACAAUUCUGUCGACGACUACCGCUAGCUCUACCGGCUUCAUUUGGCCGCUAUCCCUUCCUACCUGCAGCAGCCGCUACGCUACUAGCGCCUGGAGCUCCUCGAGCUCCACCAGUGCCUCAAAAUCCUGGAGCUCCUAGAGCAAGAGACAGAUAUACAUGCUCCUACUGUGGGAAAGCAUUUCCUCGCAGCGCUAAUCUAACUCGACAUUUAAGAACGCACACGGGAGAGCAACCUUACCGCUGUAAAUAUUGCGAACGCUCAUUUUCGAUAUCAUCGAAUUUGCAGCGACAUGUGAGGAAUAUUCAUAACAAAGAGAGACCGUUCCGGUGUCGUCACUGUGACCGUUGUUUCGGUCAACAAACGAAUCUCGAUAGGCAUCUCAAGAAACACGAAGCGGAGAACGGGGAUGACAGUCGCCGGCGGUCUCCGGAUGAGACGUACUUCGAGGAGAUCAGAUCGUUCAUGGGCCGCGUGGCGCCGGGAAGACGCGCCGCCGCCACCGCGAGCCCCGCCGACCACACCUGA